GUGACAUCAUAAUGUAGAGCUGUGUAUCAUCCGUGUAGUUACGGUAACUAAUCUUAUUUCCUGUUAUAACCUGAGCUCAUGGGAGCAUAUAGAUAUUGAAUAAGUCCCAGGAUUGAACUUUGGGGUUCCCCGAAUUUGCUUCGAUGAGAAAUUACUUAUUGAAACAAAGAAAUGGCUCUGCAGAGAGUGGUUAAAGCUGCACAGAGGACUGUGGGGAGCAGCCGUCCCUCUACCUCGGACCUCUAUACAUCAUGAUGAAGGGGGAGGGCGCUCCGCAUCAUGAAGGAUUCCACCCAUCCUGCAAACAGACUGUUCCAGCCACUCACCUCAGCUGAGGAGCAUUUAGUGCAGGACCACCAGGUUCAAAAACAGUUUCUAUCGUGCAGCUGCCAGGCCACUGAACAAUAGCCAAUCUUGAUACUCACUUUUUAUAAUAGGACAAAUACCCUGAAGCAGAGUUAGAGCAACAGCGGAAUGGUUCAGGAAGCACAUUCAUAAGUUUGUAUGUCCCUGUCAAAUGUCAGACUCAAAUACAAUUUAGAAUCUAUGACAAGAAUUAAAAAGACUGUGUUCACUCAGAUGCUCUUUAUUCAAGUUGAGGGGCAGCUUUUAGAAAUUAUAAUAAGAAAAAAAAUAGACAAAAAUUUCAGUUUCCAGAUUCACAAAUUACGGAGACAUAUCCCCAAAGACCAGACGCUGUAAUAGCAGCGACAGGAAGCUCUACAAAAUACUGACUGAUCUGAGUACAAACACAAGCUACACAUUUCACAUUUCAGACAUUUUAAAAACCACAAAUCAGUUUCCUUUCACUUCAAAACAACUCCCUUACUUAUCUCUAUUUAUCUCCAAAAAAAUCAAUAAUAUACACUAAGUUUUUGUUGUAGUUAACAAAUGUAUUUAAAGGAUCCAUACUACUUUAACUAGGUCUCCAGACCUAGAAGAGACUGACUUUGGAAGAAAGAGUUUAGCAUAUUUUUCUACCAGCAUCAAAAAUAGUUUAUAGCUUUGCAUUCAUAAUUGCUACAAUACAAAUAAUAACAAUGGAAAAACAACUGAUCAGUAGUUUAUCAUAUUUUUAAAAAAACACACACACAUAAAGUCAGAUGCGUCUUCUUUGCAUUCAGAUGCAACAAGUAAGUGUAUUCUUACAGAUACUGCACCUGCUCUUUCACAACAGCAGCCAUGUAACAUCGCUUGUCUGGUUAAAUGUAAGUGCUUGUCAGGAUGGGAGGGCCUGAGCAGUUGCUUCUGUCUUUAGAGGCUAGUGGAGAGGCUACCGAGCUGCGUCGUGUGUUUGGCUUCCUCCCCUCCCCCCUCGUCUGCAGUGCUGACGCAUCUGCUGCUUUCGCAUCAAUCAGCAGCCUCUAUAUAGAUGACUGCCAUGAGCCUAUGCAUCCGAACCUGAUGGACAGCACACACCCUUCUACUGUGCUGAGCAAGCUCAAUGAGCAGCGGUCACAAGGCCUCUUCUGUGACGUUACCAUCGUAGUAGAGGAUGUGAAGUUUCGGGCCCACAAAAACAUCUUGGCUGCAUGCAGCGGAUACUUCAGAAGCACUCUGACGACCUCAGAUACAUGCAGCUCCAGCCAAGUCCUAGAGCUUAUGGACCUAAAGUCUGAAGUGUUUGCCUGUAUCCUCAACUUCAUAUACUCCUCAAAGUUGACGUCGCUUGGUGAAGAGAACAGAGGGGGACUCGCAGCAGCUGGGAGAAGACUUGGAAUUCCUUUUUUGGAAAAGCUUGCGGACGAAGAGCAGCGGGAUGAAUGUGUUAGUCCCAGAGACUUGUGUGCAACCACAAAAUCUUCAACAGCAAAGAAGGAAGCUUCCAGGCGCGAGGAGACAGACAGUGCAAGAGGACCUCGCAUUACCAAUGCCUUCUCUAUCACUGAAAUGUGUCCUGGGAACAAUCCCUUCACUCCUUUGGUUCAAACAGACAAGCAGAGGCAAUCGCCAGACGUGGGACAGCUGCCCUCAAGUUUCCCUACAAUAUCCAGCAUCAAUGGGAACAAUGAGACAACCCACACCCUGUCUGAACACUCAUAUGCAGUAAACAAUUCCACUGAAGGCAAAGACACCAGUCAGUGGGACUACAGGAACGUCUGUAAACCAGCAAUAUUGCACUCAAAACCACUCAUGUAUAGGAAUACGGGCCCACUGAAAAAGCGCCACAGGCUGAGAGGCAUUUUGAGCAAAAGUAUGUUUCCAGCACCAGCAGAUCAACAAACAGAUGAAGCAAACACAGUUACAUCAGUGUUAUCUGAUGGUGAUGGUGAUACUGCUGCUCCUGUCUCCGCUAUGACACCACCUGCACUUUUAUUAGAAGCAGAGACAGAGAAGAUAACAGAGACGGAGCUCUGUGGAGCCACUGACAGUGCUGACACAGAGCUAGGUCCACCACCUCUUUCCCCUCACCCAGAGGACAGCAUUUCAGUCUACAGCUGUGAGCACUGUCCAGAGAUAUUCUCAAAUAAAGCUCUUCUCACCAUUCACUCUGAGGUACAUAAAAAGCAUUUUGACACUCGUUUGACUUGUAAAUUUUGUCACAGAAAAUUCAUACACCUCAAACGACUGCACAACCAUGAGAGAUUAUGUCCAAAGACUGGAAGAGGCCCACCUAAGCUUGAUGCCAGGGACAUAUCAGCCAAAGAGGUGGAGCACAACUCAGAUGACAGAUUAAGCGUGGAGAGCUCUGCAACACAGCCUCCCUCUGCAGACCUUCCCAGCCCGAACAUGCCUGAGCUCACUGAAGUUAACCUAACGGAGCGCCUACGUGAAGAGAAGACAGUUAGGCAGAGGCGAUACAACUGCAGUGUGUGCAAACGAGUCUAUGUCACCUUGUCCAGCCUGAGGCGGCAUGAGAACGUUCACUCAUGGCAGAGGGCUUAUCCCUGUCAUUAUUGCAAUAAAGUGUUUGCCUUGGCAGAGUACCGCACCAAGCACGAAAUCUGGCACACAGGUGAACGCCGCUAUCAGUGUAUUUUCUGUCUGGAGACAUUCAUGACGUAUUAUAUCUUGAAGAACCAUCAAAAGUCCUUCCACGGCAUUGAUCCCAACCUCGCUGUCAGAAAGAAAUCUGCCAAUGGUGGGCUGAAAGCCAGCGUUUAUCCAAUCAAACUCUACAGACUUCUGCCCAUGAAGUUUAGAAAGAGGCAGUACAAGACAUACAGCCAGACAUACUCAGAAAGUGGUGAAAAAGGUGACUCAUCCACUUUAGACAACAGUUCUCUUAUUCCUCCAUUUGAAGAAAGCAGUCUCCUCAACCACCCUGACACAACUUCAUUCCCGCUAACCUUUAUGGCCACAACAAAGAUGGUCUCCCCUGUCAUGCCUCACAUCUGCUUUGACAAACCUUGUAAUCAAGUUAUUGAUCAAAAUCUCAGCAGUGAACAGGGGGAGCAGACAAGCACAGAGAAAGAGGCUGGAGACAGAGGUUCACCUUUUAAUAACUGUGACAGCAUCUUCUCGUCCAAGCUAACUCUGCCCAAUCCUGAGCCUCAAGCAGAUAAACCGCCUGUGCUGGUGAACUCAGAGCACAUUACUCACAGUGUGCCAUUCUUCAACUCCUUAAGCACUGUUAAAAAGUUAGGAGAGUUAUCAGCUUCAGCAAAAAGGGUUGAAGAGAUGACCAAGGAGAUACUUAAAUCCAGCACAGAGGAGUUGAUGCGAGACAAAGUAAUGGGGACAAAAACAGAGACUUACAUCGCCAAACCUGCUUGCCACGGCCCAUCUCUGGACAGUGACACCAAGCCACUAUGUCAGAUAACAGUGAAAAUAGGCAACGAAGCCAUCAUCCGCCGCAAAAUUAAAGGAUCUAAGCUUUUCCCCAGGAAGAAGAGGAAAACUAGAGAACUAAGUGAGGAUCAGACCCCAAGUCAGUGCAGUCCACUGAGGGAAAAUUCAGAGAGUCCGAGGCUUCGACUCAGACCGGAAGCCAUUGCUUCCACUGAGACAUACGAUGAUACCAAUGAUUGUGAUACAGCUGAUCAGCUUUGGCGUCCCUACUAUUCGUACAAGGCUAAAAAGAAGAGAAAGAGGUUCAGGUACAAACACAGAAAUGCUUUGUUUCACCCCUGUCCCGAUGUUUCUAUAGACAGAACAGGUUUCACCGAACCCCACUUUGACAGAACACAUUUUCCAGCAGAGGAGAGCAGCUCAGGAGCUAGCAUCGGGCUGAAACAUGGUCUUAGCAGAAACUACAGUCCGAGGCCCACCUACAACUGUGACAUCUGUGACAGCUCUUUUAUCACAGAGACCGGACUGAAAGCUCAUGUGAUCGGUUCCCAUCCUUACUUCUGUCGGACCUGCGGAAAACAAGGUCCCCCCGGUGAGGCACCCUCCUGUGGGGAUUACAUCUGCAACAGCUGCAUGGAAAAUGGCUCUUGCUUUGACAACACACCCCGAAGCCCCAACCAAGAGAAGAAAUAUCGCUGUUCAUUCUGUCCCCAGCGUUUUGUGUAUCUUGCCACAAAGAGAAGCCAUGAGAAAAAACACCAGGAGACAAAUGACGAGAGUCCCAAAUAUGACACAUUUACUUCAUGUUCUACAUACUCAGCACAACCAAGGGAAGGCAGCAAACAAGACACCACCAAAAGAGAGGACAGUGGCAAUCAAGAGGAUGUUGACAUAAAAUGUGAAAACACAGAUGAAGAGCAUUUUACAACCAAUGAAAAUAAGCCAAAAAUCAAGGACACGUUUGACUUAAUGUCGUCGACUCCCUAUCAAGAUGCGUCAGAUUUAAGUAUGAAAAAUCCACCGUCACCAUAUACGGACUGUCUGCCUACGUUGACGUUCUCAAAAAUGAAACAAAAAGUUGUGAAAAAGAGGAUCAAAGUUCAUCAUUCUAUGCAUCAUACUUCAAAAAAGCAAGCAUAUGACAGGGACAGUGAUCCCAACAAGAAAUCAUCGACAGGACCAAGAAUGAACAAUCUCACUAAUAAUGAGAAAUCAAGCAAACCAGUUCAGAAGACCGAUUCUGAAUCUAACGGUGCAUACAUUUCUUUACACAAGCCGGAAAAAUAUGUGUGCAAAGAGGAACCAUUAUUUUAAAGGCCUUCAAGGAAUGCAGCUUAACUAGCGCAAAUGUCAAUUGAGACAUUGUUGACUCAUGAAUUCUGCAAUGUUUUGCAUCAGAAUAGUUUUUGACAGGACCAGGCAAACUAUGAUAAUCUUGCAUUAGCAGACUGACAUUUCUUCCACCUUAAGUCCAAUAACUCAGUGAUUAUUUUUCCACCGCUAUGAAGGAUAUUUUUGUCCUGUGUCUAUGCAUGUAAGUCGGAGUCAGUGACUCAUUGUAAUGUUUUUAUUUCAAUGCAGUGCAAUAACAGUUCAGCUUCUGCAUUGUGUGGGGUGGCAGAAAAGUUACCUAUUGUGUUUUCAGCUUCACCUUUUUUAAAGCGUGUCCGAGCAAAAACAAUAGGGAUUUUCUGUUUUCACCUUUCUGGACCUCUUGCUUAAAUAACUGGAACUGGUGAGUUGCACUUUAUGGUUAGACUAUGCUGACUUGUAGUUUAAUACUUUGAUAAUUGCCAUUUUUAUUCCAAGCUUUGUUCAUGUAAUUUGAAUUUCUACUAAAUACACAGGACCACUGAGAUUAAGAUUACUCCUUUUUUCUGUGUUUAGUAUGUAUAAAACAUGUACAACUAUUUAAAUAAAUAUUGUUACUAUGAACAGUU